AUGUUUCUACUAUUAUGCGUUCCCUUCACUGCCGUCGAUUAUGCAGUGCCAACGUGGAUAUUCCCCGAAUGGAUGUGUUCAAUGAUCAAUUUCUUUCAACACACUUCUGCUUAUUGUAGCGUAUGGACGCUGACACUAAUGGCAUUCGACAGGUAUCUCGCUGUGGUAUAUCCUGUUGAAUCGAUGACUCUCCGGACUCCUAAAAAUACAAUGAUAGCUCUUGUUGUCGUUUAUAUUAUCAUAAUGGCUUCUCAGAUUCCCGUUGGACGAAUGCAUGGAAUUUAUGAGUAUAACUUCAUUAUGGAGCAAAGAUCAACCUGCGCUAUACUCAGUAUUGCCACUGAAACCGCUUCACCAUUAGAGGCAAAAACCUAUUUCAUGACGUUCAACGUGUUUGGCUAUGUUUUGCCACUUGGAAUAUCAGUGUUCUUAUACUGGAGAAUGCUGCGCCGACUUUGGUACACCCCUCGGCCCGGAUUAAGCACGCCAACAAUGAACCCAAACACUGCAUUCAGCAGCAGUUCAAGUCUUCGCGGAAGGCCGGAAGCAAGAAGAGCCAAGAAAAAAGUUACAAGAUUAGUCCUUUGCGUUUUAAUAAUUUGGGCCCUUUGUUGGUUGCCACUGAACGUCUGCUUCUUCAUGUCCGGAAUUGCAUAUCCACAAUCGUUAGUGUUCUCCUAUGGAAUUAUAAUGGUCGUUGUCCAGAUUUCUAGUCAGGUGCUCGCUUACAUGAACUCUUGCCUUAAUCCAAUUCUCUACGCGCUGAUGUCUGAAAAUUUUCGAGAAGGUUUCAUUCGGGUAUUGAAAAAGAUCAUCUACACAAUAUCGUGUCGCCGUUACUGCACAAGUGUCAACAAGGUAAGUUGCUUAUGUGCGCCAGCUUUUAUGUUCAUUCGAAUCCAGUCACGUUAUCGAAUGGAAAUGACGAAUUGCAAUACAGGUGCCGUCACACCUCAGGCAAGUUUAACUGCUGCUCGAAUCCAUCAAAAUCGAAUGUAUGAUAUGGAAUCAAUUUAG